AUGUACGCAUCAGACUGCGCCCUUCGGUCGCUGCUGUGUCGCCUACCGUCUACGGCAGUCAACAGCAGUCAACGACCCUCGCACCCGUUGACUCCUCGUUCUCGCGAAUCCAGGUCCAGCAUCUCUCCUCUCGUUAUCUCGUUGACCAGCCGUCAAACCCGGUCAGCGACAGUCAACGGCGGUGAGGGAUUCGCGCAUCCGCGCUCUUGGUCUCCCCUCUCGCAUAGGUCAGCUGAAGUCAACGAUGGUCAACGCGUGAUCCCCGACCCGUUGACUGGUCAACCUCACAGAUCCGCAGCGAUCCCUGUCACAGUUGGUCCCACAAGCUGGCAAUUGCAUGCGACUAGUGUCGCAGAUGUUCGCACAAGCAGACGAUCGCGUGCGAUCCGUGUUACUGAUCCCCGCGCAAGAAGCCAUGUUCGCGCGGAUGCCACUGCGGGGGGGAACGUGCCCGCGGAGGUGGCGGGGGGAGGAUUCGGAGGAAAGCUGGGGGGAAGCUCUGGCGGAAGCGCUGGCGGAGGAGGAAGGAUUGAGGAGUCGGCGGAAGGAUCGGGGGAGAUUAGCCAGCGGAGAUUAGAGAUCGCACGGGCGGCUUUGGCGGUGGUUCUAGUGCAGGACGAAGGGUUUAGCGAAGACCAGGCGAAGGCUGUGGCGAGAAACGUAACGGGUUUCGCGAAGUUCGUGUUAGAGCGAGAUGCUGACGAACAGGGGGCGGCUGAGCUUGAAAGGAAGCUCAGAGGCUCAGGGCUUGAACCAAGAAGCACACCAGAAGACGCACCUGAAAGCGAAGGAGCACAUGAAAAAACACCUGAAGGUACACCUGAGCGUGGAACAGAGGGCAGACCGGAGGGCAGAGGAGACCAUCCCUCAGUGGGGGACCACCCUUCACUAUUAGAACAGCCAGCAGGCAACCCCAAACCCUUCGGUAGGGUUGAGGGUUUAAACGGGGAUACGGGGGAUGCGACGGGAGGAAGGGGGGAUUGCGAGCAACAUUUGGGUGCAUUCGCGUGUGAAGGAGAAGGGGAAGGGGAGGGGGAGGAGGAGGAGGAGGGGGAUGGGGAACGGCAGGGGGAGGAGGAGGGGGAAGAGGAGCUGUUUUUGCGGCUGGUGAAUGUACUGAAAGGGAGGCGAGACAGGGGGGGUUAUGACGCGCAUUAUAAGGAGGAGGGGGUUGGGCGCGGGGAGGCAGCAGAGUGGGUGGUGGCAGCAGUGGUGGAGAGUGUUGGAGUGGCGUGGGGGAGAGCGCGACAGGUGGCGCGUGUGUGUGGGGGGGUGCGAGCGAAGAGAGUGUGGGAGAAAAUUGCUCUUCUCAGCAGCCUUCUCAACGCUGCCCCUGCAAAGACCAAUCGUGCCAUCAUCCAAUGUGAAAGUUCCUCUUCUGACAGCGGCAGCACCACCCCUGUAACCAGCACUAGCAGCACCACCCCUGUAACUAGCACUAGCAGCAGCACCACCCAUGUAACCAGCACCAGCAGCACCACCCCUGCCACUGUCACGCCAGCCAGCAACGGCAGGAGUGGUCGGAGCGAGGGGCGAGGAGAUUCGUUGUGGGAGGCUGUUGGUGCUGCUGGUAGUGCCAGUGGGGGGGACGAAGACAGGGAAGGGGAAGGAGGGGAGGAGAGGAGAGCUCAGGGGGUUAUCGAGGAAGAGAUGAGAAGAGGAAAGGAUGGAGGGGAGGAGGGGAGCGGUGAGGUGACAGGGAAUGGAGAGGAGGAGAGAGGGCAUAACGGUGGGGGGAAAGGGGAAGGUAGAGGGGUCGGAGUGGCUCCUGUUGGGCCGUUGAUUCAGCGCGCGAUCGGACGGCUGACAUUGAUCGCGAGGGAUGACGAUGUGCUGCUGCAGCAAUCUCUGGGCUUUUUCCAAAAGCUGGCAGCGCAGCGACGUGGCGUCGCGCUAUUGGACGACCCCUCCACUGCUCUGCCCGCCCUCGUUGCCGGUUUUCCAGAAUUUCUGGCAUGGGAAGAGCAACCCGAUGCUUCUGCCAAUGUGGAUGGGGAGGAUGGUUUGGAGGCAGACGGAAGGAAGGUCGAGGAGGGAGAAGGGUUCCUGGUUAAGGAAAGGCAGGAGCAAGAGACGGGAGAUCUAGCAAGCGGUGCUGCGCUUCCUCGCCCUGCACUGGGCUGUCAACCGCCCCACUCUCCGCCGCCUCCUCCUCUGCUCUGCCACCCCGCCCUCGCCCUCCACGUGCCCCCCCGCCCAUCCUCCUCUCGCCCUUCAUCCUCUCGCUAUUCCUCCGCUCGCCCCUCGCCCCGUGCUGCUGCCAGUCGGACAGGAAAGGGCAGGGAAAAGAAGGAGAGGAAGGGGGCAGUUGCUAUGGAAACUAAAUCAGAGUCAGAGUUGCCAGCUGCGUCUGUCUCCGAGUCAGAAGCAAAGAUCGAGUCAGUGUUGGGGAAAGAGGUGGCAUCAAAGUCAGAGUGGGAGGCGGAGCUUGAGUCGCAGAUGCUGGCAUGCAAGCGCCAACUUAAGCAGGUUUGCCUCAUUCACCCCCCCUCCCCCGAUACACGUGUAAAGACACCUCCCUUUGCACUGUUCCCUCGAAACCCCAAAACCUGUCUUGGCCAUUUCAGUCCCCUUUCUCUGCUCGCCCACCCCCGCUUCUCCCCCUCCACCCCCACACCAACCUCGCAUUCAUUCUCUGUCUCGGUGCCCUCAAACUUCCAAACCCCCUCGCCAUCACAGCUGGGAGUGCGAGUGCGUGAUCUGCCUCUCAUCAUCAAUCGCUUCCCUGUGGUGCUCUCCCUGUCGGUCUUCCUCAACGCACCAGUGGUCGCUGAUGCCAUCACCAACACUCUCAAGGUGCCAAUCAGCAAGGUCGAUCCAAUGCUCACACGCUGCCCCGAGCUGCUCUCGCUCUCUCCGGCCAACAGCAUCGCGCCAGCUGGCGUGUUCCUACAGGGCGUGGGUCUGACGCGCGGGGAGAUGGUGCGGGUGCUCUCUGCCAGCCCCUCACUGCUGUGCCGCCCCAGGCACCAACUGGGGGAGUCACUAGACUGGCUACAAGAAAACCUCUCCAUCCCGCCCCACGAGCUAGCUCACCUUGUCUUCCGCUGCCCCGGCCUGCUGUGCCUGUCGCCCGCGGUGCUGCACGGCAAGGCGGCGUUCCUCGCGGGGGAGGUGGCCGUGGUGGCAGCAGAGGAGGUGACCCGUGUGGUGUGCCGCUUCCCUGAGGUGCUCACCAUGAGCGUCAAUUCUAUGAGAAACAGGAUCUCCUACCUCUACUCCCGAGGAUUCUCCCGUGCUGACGUGGCAGGCAUGGUGGUUCGGUACCCACCGCUCCUGGGCUACAGCAUUGCCGCGGUGCUUCGGCCGAAGAUAGACUUCUGGCUCGAGGAGGACGAGGGGGGUUCGGACGAGGGCAAAGACAGAUCGGCUGAAACGAAUACCAGCACCAGGGCCACCAGCGCCAGAAGCAGCGGCACCCCCAGCAGCAGCAGCAGCACCACCACCACCAGUAGCAGUACAAGCAGUAGUUACUAUCCACGCUCGCGCUCUGACUUGGUGCUCUUCCCCAAGCUCUUCAGCUAUGCCCUCGACACCCGCAUCCGCCGCCGCCUGCGCGUGCUGGCCAGUCGCGGCCCGCCACGUGGCACCGCCACCAGCACCACUAACAGCACCGCCACCAGCACAAGCACCAGCACCAGCAGCACCACUAGCAGUACUAGUAGCAGGGGCAGCAUGAGCAGUGCUGAGGAGGCCAGGAAGAAGAGCAGGGAGAGGAGUCGGAGGCAACGAGAGCUGGUGUAUCUGCUGAGUUGUCCUGAGGAGAAGUUUGCUGCCCAGGUGCUUGGACUCAACUUCAUGCUUGUCCCCCUGCGCGCCCCUCAGGCCCCUGCUGCUAGUGCGAGUGUUCUGACUAGUGAUAAUGGCAGUGGUGGUGCUGGUGGUACUGCUGCUGCUGCCUUGCCCACUGCAAAUAGUGCUGAUCAAGCUGCAAGGCGUUUUCAAGGAGCCGUUGCCACUCGUCCAGGUUCGCGUCUGAGGUUUUCCGCAGAAGCAGAUAUUUUGGGGAGGGAAGCUUCCUCUAGAGGAGCUUCCCUCGCCUCUGCUACGGACAGGUCAGCAGAACCCACGGGCAGGUCACGUGUGACUGGUGCCAGAUCAGCAGCUACCUGGGGAUCAAGGAGAGGAGCAGAUGCCAUGGACCCACCAGUAUCUCUGCCAGGGGUGAUAUUGGGUGGAAAGGGGAGGAGGAAUAGAAGCGGGGGCAAGGAUGAUCAAAUGGGAUCAAGAGGGGAAGAUGAAUGGAAGAAUCUGGAGGAGUUGCUUGAGAAUGAGGAAGAAGAGGAGACUGGGAGGGGUAGGAGCGGCAGGAAAGGGAGAAAAGCGAAGAAAAGGUGA